UAAUUUUAAUUUCGUGCCAUUCGUUAUCCUCAGUAUUAUCUCCCUCCAAAACCGACCGCUCGAUCCAGCCCUCUCUCCCAUCUCCGCCGGUAGUUUAACUGAGGCCGGAAAAGCCCUACGCUCGCAGGGGCUUCUCACCUCACUCAUCUCUCCACAGCAAAGUUCAUCCCGUACCAGUGUUUAGCGGUGAUGUUAUACGUAAGUGUUUCAUGUGGAGUGAAUUUUCAUUACCAAACUCUGUUUUUACAGAAAAAGAAGAUUGAAGGGGUUUAAAGAAUAAUUGGGAGUGAUGUCUGCAACGCUGUUGUCUUAUUGCAAUCCAAGUCUAGUUUGUAAUUACGGGAGGAUGGAUUUGAAACGCAUGGCUCUCGGACAUUUACGGUCUUUUGGAAGGAGAAACAAUGGCUAUCGCAAGCUUACAGUCUUUGCUGUUACUGAAGGUUCUGCAAAAUCAAGCGAGUCUGAAGAAACAAUUCCUUCUUGGGCCAAAUUGGAUUCAGAGGAGCCUCCACCUUGGGCAAAGGAAGAAGGCAAGGAAAUUGGAACCCAACAGGGAUUUCAGGUCCCUUUCUAUGUUUACUUGCUUGCCUCAUCUAUCACUGCAAUUGCUGCUAUAGGUUCCGUAUUUGAGUACGUGAACCAGAAGCCUGUCUUUGGAAUUAUAAAUUCAGACAGCAUAUUGUAUGCUCCAUUGCUUGGGUUUUUCGCACUUACUGGCAUUCCCACUGCUACUGGUUUCCUUGAGAUGGAUGAAAUUAAGAAGCAAAGCAAUGGAGCACAAGACCAAAACAAAAGAGCAAGCAAAAAAUUGCAAAAGGGACAAUUUUAUAAAAUAUCUGGUAAUAGUUGAUUCGUUGAGAUGGACCGGGACCUACCUCCUUCCAGAAUCCCUCCUACACCUUUAGAAAUCUUCUUCUUUCUCUUUAGGCAAAUGUUCGAAGCGUUAGCCAAGAAAAGUAGCUUCUCAUACUCAUGAGUAUCUCCUUCAUUCAUGGUAUGAGGAGAAAUCUUACUUUGAAGCCAUCCCCACUCCUAAAGUUUGAACUAUAAAUUUCCAGAUCUUAAAGAGAAAGUGAUCCAAUUGAUUUGAUGGAUGUGUUUCUAGUUGGGAUAUGGGGAUGCAUGUUUAUUGACUGAAUGAAACUAAUCUGAUCGAAUAUUUGGACUUUUUUUUGGGGUUAAUAUUAAUAUUUAUCUUAUUCUAUGUGAUUAAAAAAAAA